AUGCGAUUCAGAACCAUUUGUAAAGCAUGGCAUGCACUGAUUCUUGACCCGUACUUCACUAGAUGGCAUUACAACAAUUCUCGAAUUCGACCCGAAUCCUCUUAUUUCCAAUAUUAUCUCAUCAAGAAUGGUUCACCUGUGGAAGCAAUAGAAGAGGCCAUCAUCUCAGAAAAACUCGGAGGAGUUAUUUCAAGCCGUGGUUGCAAUACUCAACAGCUUCCGUUACACAAAUUCCUUGGUUGUGGUGGCACAGUAAUUUGUUCCGGCGUUGUUAACGGUCUAAAGCAUUGUUUACUGGGAUUUGAUCCGAUCAAUUCCGAGGAUUAUAAAGUACUCUACUUGGGUUGUAAAGGGAAAUUUAUGUGGACCACGUUAACGAGCAAGUAUGAUACUGUGUCACACAGAUGGAGAUGGAGAGAAGUUGCAAGUUCACCUCAGGUUGAGCCUAUUAGGAAAUCUCCAUCAGAUCAUAUAUGUGUUGAUGGCGCAAUCUUGUGGAGGGAAAUAGUAGUUGUGAAUGGUGAAAGAUUUGUGCCGUGUUUCGAGGUUGGGGAGGAAAAGUUUGAAGUUCUUCUGAUUCAUGAUCCGGUGGUCAUUAAUGAGAUAGAUUUUAGUUCUGAUAAAGUGAUCAUAACCGAAAUUGGGGACGAAUUCACGUUGGCAAGAUCCAGGUUCCAUGAUAAGAAUGUUGAAAUUACAUUGUGGAUGUUGACGAACCGGCGUGACCAGGUCUGGUUUAAGUCUACCAUCGAGCCAGCCAAGGCAUUGUUCUCCGGUCCAAGGAUUUGCUUUGUGGGCUGCAGAAAUACAGGUAAUAAGCUCCUAAUAGCAUCAAAGUCGAGGAAGUUGACACGAGCACGGAACAAACGGGUUUGGACAUGGAUUUUGGGCUCUUUGACAUUUUGUGAUUUGGAAAUGAAGGACUUGUAA